CGCCAUUCUUCCUUCUUGGAAAAAAAACCCUUCAGAUUUAAACAAGACUCCUUCAAGCUUUCAGUCAGUUUUACAGAAGAAAAAGGGGUGGUAAACCUUCUCUUUUCAAGAACAAGUUCUUUUUAGCUGCUAACUGAGGCCAGGAGAAGAUUAGAUCUGAAUAAAUGAGCAUUUCCACUAUGGGACUGGAUACAAAUGUUAAACAAACAGAUUUAAAGUGUUUUAAGCUUAAAAGAAAACUAUUCCUGCUGACUUCAGUUUUUAAUUUCUUUCAUGUUUUCUUAUGCCAAACUGGAGGAACCUUUUCUGAUUUUUUCUUUAGUGGCAUUCAAAGGAAGACCAGAGGAUGAAAAUCUUGCACUUUCUCACUUUAUUGCUUUGGCACUUGACUUGGUUUUACCUGGUUCUAGUUUCUGUAGUGUUGAGUAAUUCCGAAGCAGGUCAGAGUAAUCCAGGAUCCAAGUUAGGAUUGUUAAAAGCAGAAGGAAAAGAGACAAAUCCCUCGCCAAGGGCAGGUACCUUUAGGACUGGAAACCAUGGAUAUAGUGCUGGGACCUUAAAGACGAGAGCUAAAAGCAAUACUGUUCAAGCAGCAGCUCUCUUGGCAAAGAAUAAUGAACCAAAGAAGAGUCUCUCUAGAGAAGGAACCACAGACACAAAGGUAGGGCAGUCCCCAAACAGACAAUCUGGAGUAAGGACAGUGACCCCAAAGGUUCAGAACCUUGGCAGCAAAGCCUCGCUCAGAAAAACUGGCACAGGCAAUACUGAUGCCAGUUCUUACAAAACCAAAAAGACUAAAGAGCCUGUAACACAAAGGGAACCUAAAGAGACUUUCAAACACCCCCCUAUAACGCCACAUGAAUACAUGCUCUCCCUCUACAGGACUCUCUCGGAUGCAGAAAGAAAAGGCAUUAAUGGAAGUGUAAAACUGGAGACUGGACUUGCCAAUACAAUAACAAGCUUUAUAGAUAAAGGACAAGAUGACCGAGCUCCAGCCAUAAGAAAACAAAAAUAUGUUUUUGACAUCAGUGCAUUAGAAAAAGAUGGUUUGUUGGGGGCAGAGCUGCGGAUAUUAAGGAAAAAGCCCUCUGAGACCUGGAAGCCUCAUUCUCCUGGGAAAACUUCCCAAGUGAAAUUGUUCAGUUGCCCCACAAACAGACAAGCAGCAACUCUCCUGGACUCUCGCACUGUCAGCAUUGCAGAUACACCAAAAUGGGAAGUAUUUGACAUUUGGAAACUUUUUAGGAAUUUUAAAAACUCCGUUAACUUGUGUUUCGAACUCGAAGCUUUUGAUAGGGGGAGAGCUAUUGAUCUAAGGAGUAUGGGAUUGAAUAGAACAGGGAGGCAGGUCAAUGAAAAGGCUCUCUUCUUGGUAUUUGGGAGGACAAAAAAAAGGGACCUGUUUUUCAAUGAAAUCAAGGCGAGAUCAGGUCAAGAUGACAAAACUGUUUAUGAAUACUUAUUCAAUCAGCGGAGGAAGAGAAGGGCUCCUCUAGCAACGAGGCAGGGGAAGAGGCCCAACAAGAACCUGAAGGCAAGGUGUAGUAAAAAAGCUCUCCAUGUGAAUUUUAAGGAUAUGGGCUGGGAUGACUGGAUAAUAGCCCCUCUGGAAUAUGAAGCUUAUCACUGUGAAGGGCUUUGUGAAUUUCCUCUUCGAUCUCACUUAGAACCCACCAAUCACGCAGUUAUCCAAACGUUAAUGAACUCAAUGGACCCAGAAUCUACUCCUCCAACUUGCUGUGUUCCAACCAGACUGAGUCCUAUUAGCAUUCUCUUUAUAGACUCUGCAAAUAACGUGGUCUACAAACAAUAUGAAGACAUGGUAGUGGAGUCAUGUGGUUGUAGGUAGCAGCACAAUCCCUCACAUUAAUACAUUAACAAAGAUACUUACAAAAAUUGACAAGAACCUCUUCUCAAACAAGAGUAACUAAUCCUUUUAGCCCUAGCACAAGUAUGUUUACAACAAUGGUAAUAAGAAACAAUCUGCUAAAAUCUCACUGUGUCCAGAGGCGUAGCGAGCGCCCUCCGUACCCUCCGACCGGAGGGGGCCCCGCAAGGAAGGGGGCCCCUAAA